AGUAGUUUACAAUUCCACACUUACAGACUGGAUCUGGAUAUGGUUCAUGUGCUCUAAGUUUUGUUGAAUCUUUUUAACGCACUUGGUUUUUUAUGUUUUAAUGGCAGGGACUUGAUGAUGACAUAAACAGAUGGCAGACAUCAUAAAUCCGGAGAAUGAAGGAGAUCUUCAGGCUCAAAUUGAAGAGGUCGAGGCUCUGUCUUCCAUCUACGGGGAUGAAUGGUGUGUUAUAGAUGAAGCAUCCAGAAUAUUUUGCAUCAAAAUAUCCAACGAGUUGGAGAGAUUGACGGCAUGUUUGCAGAUAAUUCUCCCACCUGAUUAUCCAAGCGCAGCCCCCCCCAUCUACCAGAUCAAUGCAGCGUGGUUGCGAGGCCCAGAGAGGGCCAAAUUGGCAAACAGCCUGGAAGACCUCUAUGUGGAGCAUGCGGGGGAGAGCAUCCUCUACCUCUGGGUGGAAAAAAUUCGAGAAUUCCUCGUGGAGAAAUCCCAGAGUUCAGAAACAGCGGAUCCACCAGAAAGGGUGAACCUGACAGCCGAGGAGGAAGUGGAUGAUGAUGAAGAGAUACCAGACUUCAGGACUCUCAAACUGAACACAGAAAAUGCACAUCUCUUCAUGGAUCAUGCAAUCGAUGAAGAGGUACCUCCUAUAAAACAUGGAAAUACCAUCACAGAGCGACGCAGUACCUUCCAGCCUCACUUAGCACCUGUGGUGACUCCUAGACAGGUUAAAUUGGUCCUGGAGAAGCUGUAUGAAAACAAGAAGAUUGCUAGUGCCACUCAUAAUAUUUAUGCAUACAGGAUUUACUGCGAGGACAAGCACAGCUUCCUGCAGGACUGUGAAGACGACGGCGAGACGGCCGCAGGGGGGAGAUUGCUUCAUUUACUGCAGAUUCUGGACGUGCGCAAUGUCAUGGUGGUCGUGUCUCGAUGGUAUGGAGGUAUUUUGUUGGGUCCUGACCGCUUCAAACACAUCAACAACUGUGCUAGAAACAUCCUGGUAGAGGAAGGAUACACUGCCUCCAUGGAUGAGGCCACCAAAUCAGCAGCGAAGACCAAAAAGUCCAAAAGCAAGAAGGCAAAAUGAAUUUCGAGAAGAAGAAAAAAGACUUUUAUUCAGACAUGUUUUCACAAUAUUGUGAAAAGGUAAUUUUUAGCCGAUUCAGAUGUGUCUUAAUAAAGACAAGAAGGGAUUUCUCGCAAUCCGAACAAUUUAUUCAAAAUAACUUACGGUAUUAAAAUGUCUUUGUUAAUAAAUUGUUAUUUCAGCUG